AAGAGGAAGAGCUUUUUGUGUUGAAGAGAGAGCUUCCUAUCUUCCCCAUUCCUCCCACCAUCUCCCUCAUCUUCUUCUUCUUCCUUUCUCUCUCUCAAUAAUCUCUCUCAGAUCCUUUCUCCAUUACCAUUACUUCUGGCUUUCUCUUAAAUCCGCUAUCAUGAGGAGAGGAAGAGGCUCUUCCGCCGUCGCCGGACCUACCGCCGUUGCCGCCAUCACCGGCACCGUCAUCAACGGAUCUGUUAAAGAAACACGAUUCAGAGGCGUUAGGAAGAGACCUUGGGGACGUUUCGCAGCUGAGAUCCGUGAUCCAUGGAAAAAAGCUCGUGUCUGGUUAGGUACUUUCGAUUCCGCCGUCGAAGCUGCACGCGCUUACGACUCCGCCGCUCGUAACCUCCGUGGUCCUAAAGCCAAAACUAAUUUCCCGAUCGAUUGUUCUUCUCCUUCUCCUCAACAACGAUUUAAUCAGAUUCAAAAUCAAAAUCAAAAUCAAGUCGAUCCGUUUAUGGACCACCGGUUAUACGCCGACCAUCAACAACAGUUUCCGAUUGUUAACCGGCCGACUAGUAGCAGCAUGAGCAGCACCGUUGAAUCGUUUAGCGGGCCGAGACCUACGACGAUGAAACCAGCGACGACGAAGAGAUAUCCCAGAACUCCACCGGUUGUACCGGAGGAUUGUCACAGCGAUUGCGAUUCGUCGUCGUCUGUAAUCGUCGACGACGACGAUAUCGCAUCGUCAUCGCGGCGACGGAAUCCACCGUUUCAAUUCGAUCUAAAUUUUCCACCGUUGGAUGAUGUUGACUUGUUCAAUGGCUCUGAUGAUCUUCACUGUACCGAUCUACGUCUCUAAUGAAUUGGUAAAUCGAGAACCAAGUCACAGAUCCGUGAUCGAUUUGAUUUUAAUGGAGCAAACAACAAAAAUCCCUUUUUUUUUUUUUUUUUAAAUUUUCUGUUUCGUUGAUCUCAUAUAAUUUUUACUAUGCGGGAGAAAUAGAAAGACAAAGAAACGAAGAAGAAGAAGAUGGUGAUGAGCUUGAGAGCUUGAGCUGGUUCUGUGUUUCUUCUGUGAUGAUAUUGUAAGAGUAUUAUUAUUAUUAUUAUUUACUACAUCUUCAAAAUCAAGAAGAGGAAGACCGAACACGAUGAUCUGUUGUGUCUGUUUGUUUUACUCUAAGAAAAAGCAGAUCUGGGUUUCGUUUUUUCUUGAGAUAGAAUCUUUGUAACAUAUACAUUUGGAACACUGAUGAUUCUAAAUAAAAUCUAGAAUCUUUUUUUUUUAUU